AUGUGUGGGCGAUACGCUUUGGGUGUGCGCUUGGCGUAUAUCCAACAACAGCUGCAGGAGCAUGGUAUGCAAGUGGAUGAAGCACCGGAUGACGAUUCAGUAAGAGAGACAUACAACUUUGCACCGGGCAACUUCGGCGCUGUCUAUCGCGCUGAGAUCACCGAUAAAAAGAGCCAACAAGAUGUUGAUAGCGCGCACCAAAACCAUGAUUUAGAAAAGGGAAAAGAUGACGCGAGCUCGGAUGCUAAGUCAGUAGACAACACGAUUAUCAAACACAAGCUCCAGAGCAUGAAAUGGGGUCUCAUUCCAUUCUGGACGAAGCGCCAGCCAGAUUACGGAUCCAUGAUGCGCACGAUCAACUGUCGCGAUGACUCGCUGAUCGAUGAUUCGGGGAUAUGGACUACCAUGAAACGACGAAAAAGAUGCAUUGUCGUCUGCCAGGGCUUUUACGAGUGGCUGAAGAAGGGGCCUGGGGGAAAGGAAAAGGUUCCACACUUUAUCCGGCGCAAAGACGGAGAGCUGAUGUGCUUUGCUGGAUUAUGGGACUGUGUUUCCUACGAGGGUUCCGACGAAAAGCUCUACACGUACACGGUGAUCACAACCUCUUCUAAUUCCUACUUGAAAUUCCUGCAUGACCGUAUGCCCGUCAUUCUGGACUCUGGGAAUGAGGCGAUGAACAAAUGGCUAGACCCCCGCCAAAAGACCUGGUCAAAGGAGCUCCAGUCAAUUCUCAAGCCUUACGAGGGUGAACUAGAGUGCUAUCCUGUCCCCAAAGAGGUUGGAAAAGUUGGAAAUAAUUCCCCGAACUUUAUUGUUCCUGUCGACAGCAAGGAAAACAAGAGCAAUAUUGCGAACUUCUUUGCCAACGCGAAAACGAAGGAGAGUCCAAACCCCUCUUCAAAGGAGCCGUUGCCGAAAGUGGAGAUGGUUAAGGACGAGCGCCCUACUAAGAAUUCAGAAUGGAGCGAGGACAAUGCCCCAAUACCGGUGCCAGCUGUCAAAAGGGAGCAUAGUCCAGAGGCUCCUGAUGCCGCGCAGGAAAGUAAGAAGCAAAAGGUCGAUUCAGAUACAACUAGGCCAUCGCCGCAAAAGAAGAAGUUGCGCAGUGCUACGCAUAAUAGCCCUAUGAAAAAGUCAAGUGGGACGAAGGCAGCAGAUGGGUCGCAGCGAAUUACCAAUUUCUUCAAGAAAUAA